AUGAAAAACCUGCAAACCUUCCAGGCUGGGAACCCUUCAGUGAUUCUGUAGAAUGGGCAAACUUUUUGGAGCCAUGCCCGGUACCAUGGCAAUAUGUGCCAAACGAGGAGCUCUCACCUAGCUGGGAUUACUUCGAUGUUCAUGACGGAGGUGGUUAUGUUGCAGAUCUAGGCUACAAUAGCAGUACAGCUCAGGCAGUCAUCUCCGACUUGAUAGAAUACGGUUGGAUCGACCGGCAGACCCGCGCCGUCCUGCUUGUGUUCACUAUCCAUAACCCUAACACGGGCCACCUGAUAAUUUCAGCGUAUACCAUUUGGAAAUAUUGCCGACAGAGUAUGGCUAUCCUUUUUCAAAGAUAGACACUCUUCUACUGACAAGUGCUGAAACAGGCUUUUACGAGUUUUAUCUGAUUUGUCAGUUCUUAUUUAUCAUGAUGGCAUUCGUCUUUCUCAUCGUCGAGAUGUACAAGCUGUAUCGAGCCAAGUGGACCUAUUUCAGAGAUGUGUGGAACUGGGCCGGUGGAAAUUCUACGAAUAUUUUUGUCGGUACUGGUCGUGGUAUUCUACAUAAUUAA